AUGAUAUACAACGAGGAUGAGAAUCCCAUCGACACAGCCAUGAAGCUGAUACCACCCCUCAUCGAGAGCAUUGCCACCAGCAACAAGCUUAAAAGCCUGGCCUUGUUCAAUUCCAGGGCUGACCUCGACUUUCAGUUAAGGCUGGCCUUGCUUGAGCUGGGAAACUCCCGAUCCCUACCCCAGAAUAAUGAGCCGUUGUCAAAGUUCGCAUUUUAUCUUCUCAAAGUUCUUUGGGACUUUGACGGAAAAGACAACGAUGGUCGCUUGAAGAAGGAGGUUCCCCAUCGAAGAUCUCGAUCUGCACUCCAGCAAGACUUUUGCAAUGAAGCAAGGUCACCAAAACAAUCCCCCAUACGACUUCCGGAGACAGCAGAGGAACUAAGGGUCCUGGCGCAACAGAUAUCGAGUUUACGAAAACCCAUUUCCUCGCGACCUGACGUCCCGUUGGACCCGGAGGUCAGCCACGAUCGUACCAACACUCACCAUCGAACCACGAUUCGAGAGGGACACGACGUCAACAAAGUCUAUGAGAGGGAGAAAGAAAGCGAGUUCCACAGUUUCGAGACACCCAAGGCUGAGCUUUUGAGCAAUGACCGCGGUCCGAACUAUUCGAAUGUGAAAGUCAACAUUGUACCCCAGCCCGAGACUGACGAGCAGCGUUGGGGGGUGAAUUUCAUGGAUCAGGCCUACGCCUUUUACGAAAAAAAGAUCAAACCACUAAAGAAAAAAAGGCCAAUCAAGGUUGCUGUUCUCGACACUGGAGUGAAGAAGAAAACGAAUCACUUCCUCGCAGUGCGAUUGGAGGGCGGGACACCAAUCAAGGACCAGAAAUCAUUUAUUGGAGACGACCAGAACGAUACCGACGACGACGAUUGGCAUGGUACACAAGUGGCAGCAUUGGUUGUGGACAUUGCACCACACGUUGACCUUUACAUUGCAAAGGUUAGCAAGGGCCUAGAGGAAUCUGACGAGGGCCAAUUUGCUGAGGCGAUCGAGUGGGCAAUAAAGGAAAAGGUCGACAUCAUCAAUAUUUCCGCCGCAUUACCGGACAAUGUUGAGACCAGGAAAGCUAUCGAUGAAGCAGAAGCGCAAGGCAUCAUCGUCCUCGCCGCGGCUUCCAACAGAGGCGCAAACGAGUCGAGGGUCUUCCCCGCGCGUAUGGACACAGUGCUGGCCAUUCACGCGACGGACGGAAACGGGAAUCCGUGCGGGUUUAACCCCAGCCCCCUGGAGAAAGCUAUGAAUUUCAGCACUUUGGGGACGGCCAUUCGUUCGCCACUCGGGGAUGGUACAUUCGUGCCUUCAGGGACGUCUUUUAGUACGCCUAUUGCUGCCGGCAUGGCAGCAAAUAUCCUGACACUCGUGGAGGAGUAUUUCAAUGAGUCGCACAAUGACGGCAGAACAUGGUACUUGGCACACAGAAGGACAGGAAUGGGUGCGAUCUUCAAAGAGCUUUCUGUUAAUCGACAUAACUACGACUACCUUUGCCCUAUAUUGGUUUCUAAUGCCCAUCGCGUGUUUCAUUGGGGCGCUCUCUGA